AUGUCGGGGAGGAAAGUCGUCAGAGGAGGUGGAAUAAAUACCAUCGAGGUCAAUGCAGCUAGAGAAAUACAUAUGAGAACUGUUCGAGCCCGUAUACCAACCAGUGCCGCAGCGGACAAAACGUCGCAGAGAGAUUUCAAAACACCGGCAAGCCCUUUGAAAACUCCAGCCAGACAUGUGUGCAAUAACCCCAAUAACCCCCCCUGCUCGCAUUGUGGUACGAUGAUCGUACCAUCUCCGUCUGCCAGCUUGCCCUUGGAGGAUUUCCCAUCGAUGACUAUCAAUGACUGGACGAUAUCUACGAAGAAAAGACCCAUAUUGAACUCGCAAGAGUUGGAGCACUGGGAAAAACACGAAUUGCGGGGUCUUACAUUACCGGAGAUGAUCUUUGGCAACAGCUUUGUUCGAAUUGAGAACACGAGAUACGGGUGGACGCUGCAGUUUAAUGCAUUGGAUGCUUUGAAACUUGUUAAUUUAGCCGACAGCGGUAUAAGGGUGUCGUACUCCAAGAAAUGGAUGGACUCCAAGCAGAAAAAGCAAUCGCAGAAGUCGUCAUCGCCAAGUGAGUUUGAAAUGGAUGAUUCCUCUUUGCAAAUUGCUCACCAUUACGAUUGGACUUACACGACAAGAUACAAGGGUACUGAACGAUGUCAGAACGAAAAGUACCGAUUGAAGAGAGACGAUACGCAAAGCCUGCCUCUGGAUAAGCUUGCGAGGCCAGAUCACAUUCUGUUUUACGACGACAUGAUCCUCUUCGAAGAUGAGCUUGCUGAUAACGGUAUUUCGAUUCUCAAUGUAAAGAUCCGUGUGAUGAACGAAAGACUGCUCUUACUGAGCCGUUUUUUCCUCAGAGUGGAUAACGUAUUAGCGAGGGUUAUGGAUACUAGGGUUUGUGUCGAGUUCGAUGAAAAUAAAGUGAUGAGAGAGUUUAAGGAAAUGGAAGGAGAUUACAAGAGUCUGCUGGCAAGACAUCGGUUAUCGCAUUCUCAUGACCCAAAGGCAGCUCUCAGAGACGCCAACUGGGUAGCACAAAAUCUUCCUCAAAUUAGAAGGGAAUUCGAGACGCUAAUUUUCGAUUGA